AUGACUGACAGUGAAGGUCCAGCAGAGGCCAAGCCGCCGCUGGCCUUGGGCGGCGUGUCAAACGGCGACGGCGUCGGGUCCCAGAAGCGCAAGAAGGACGCCCUGGCACCGAUUCUGACACACAGCCCCGAGCCGGCGGACACCACCGGUACAGGCGCUUUGCUCAUCGACCCCGCGAACAGCCCGCAUCCGACCAAGACUGGACCAGCGCACCACCACAUACCAAGGCACGCACCCCUCGUUGCCCUCCUGCAGCAGCGUACCCCGACUCGACUCGAAAAGACUCGACUCUGCCUCGCUCCCAUCCUGGUCUCGCGCCUCAACUCUGUCGCCGCCUCCAUCAAGUCGCCCCGUCCUCUCUUCCUUGCCUGCCCAGAGCUGCGCAAUGUUGACAAGAUGAGCACCUUUAUCAAGUCAAGAACCCAGCAGCUCGCUUCCGCCGUCACCGGCUCGCCCUCGUCCUCCUCCGCCGAUGAGCCCGCCGAAAAUACAGCCGAUGAGGAGGACUCCGAAGACUACUGCAAGGGCGGCUACCACCCCGUCCAGGUCGGCGAGAACUUCAAGGAUGGCAAGUACACCGUCGUCCGCAAACUCGGCUGGGGUCACUUUUCCACCGUCUGGCUGUCCCGCGACAACAACUCGGGCAAGCACGUCGCCCUCAAGGUCGUUCGAUCCGCCGCUCACUACACCGAGACUGCCAUCGACGAGAUUAAGCUUCUCAACCGCAUCGUUCAGGCGCAGCCCGAUCACCCCGGCCGCAAGCACGUCGUCAGCCUCCUCGAUUCGUUUGAGCACAAGGGGCCCAACGGCACCCAUGUAUGCAUGGUCUUCGAGGUCCUCGGCGAGAAUCUUUUAGGCCUCAUCAAGCGCUGGAAUCACCGCGGCAUCCCCAUGCCCCUUGUCAAGCAAAUCACAAAACAGGUUCUGCUCGGCCUCGACUAUCUUCACCGCCAAUGCGGCAUCAUUCACACCGAUCUCAAGCCUGAAAACGUCCUGAUUGAAAUCGGCGACGUUGAGCAGAUUGUAAAAAAGGUGGUGAAAAACGAGUCCGGCGACAAAGAAAACAACAGAAACGGCCGGCGUCGACGGAGAACCUUGAUAACCGGCAGCCAGCCUCUCCCCUCGCCUCUCAACUCGUCUUUCAAUCAGUCAAAUCUCUUUCCGUCGGCCACCUCGCAAGCGAGUCUCGGGGAGAUGCUAGAUGACGCUCGGAAGAAAGAUGCCUCUCCCAACGACGAUAAAGCACACAGCGACAAGACUGCUGACAUGCUCACUCGCGAAGUCUCAAGCAUCUCUCUCGACAAAUCCCCUACCGCCUCCACUGGCGAAAAGCGCAAAGCUGAGGACGCACAUGCCUCCGACAUUAUAAGCGUCAAGAUUGCCGAUCUCGGCAACGCCUGCUGGGUUAACCACCACUUCACAGACGACAUUCAGACUAGGCAGUAUAGGUCCCCAGAAGUCAUUCUCGGUGCCAAGUGGGGAGCGAGCACAGACGUCUGGAGCAUGGCAGCUAUGAUCUUUGAACUCAUCACCGGCGAUUACCUUUUCGAUCCCCAGUCCGGCACCAAAUACGGUAAAGACGAUGACCACAUUGCCCAAAUUAUCGAGCUGCUGGGCCCUUUCCCCCGAACGUGCCUCACCGGCAAGUGGUCACAAGAAAUCUUUAAUCGCCGCGGUGAGCUGCGCAAUAUUCAUCGCCUACGUCACUGGGCCCUCACCGAUGUGUUGCGCGAAAAGUACCACUUCAAGGAGGACGAGGCCAAGCGCAUCUCGGCCUUUUUGAGUCCCAUGCUUGAACUCAUCCCCGAUAAACGCGCCAACGCAGGUGGAAUGGCGGCGCACACUUGGCUGGAGGACACGCCGGGCAUGAAAGGCAUCAAGGUCGACGGACUCAAGGUCGGCAGCAAAGGCGAGGAUAUAGAAGGCUGGUCUACGCAGUCGAGGAAACGAGCGGCGUGA